AAGUAUCAAUGGCGGCGAUCGGCAUAUCCACCGCCCUUCUCUCUCUCUCCUUUGACCGUUGACAUUUCCCAAACCAAUUCAUCAGAUUCUCUCAACAGUCUUAAGGAAGCUUCAACUGUCGACUCCCGCAAGCAUCCAAAACCAAAAUCAAGCUUCUCUAACACGCGUUUGUUUGUUUGAAUCUUGUGUCUGAAGACGCUUGAUCUUUUCUCCAUGAAGCUCCAAUCUCUUAUUUCCCUUUCUAUCAAACCAUACGCACUCCUCCCAAUUUCAUUACCCGCUCAAUAGCGCCACUAUAAGCUGAUUAUUCGGUGUGGAAAUGCUUGUUUAUGCACUCCUGACAUCUGUUGGGAUCAAUUUUGCUCUGUGUAUAACAUUCUUUACUUUAUAUUCUUACUUGAGGAAGAAACCUGGUUAUUAUAAUGUUUAUGCUCCAAGGAUGUUGGCUGAAGGAAUUAGAAACCGUUUCAAAGUGGAGCAUCUAUUACCUGCUCCAGGAUGGAUGAGAAAGGCGUGGAAAGCAACGGAGGAUGAACUUCUAGAAUCCUCGGGCUUGGAUGCUGUUGUGUUUAUGCGCAUUAUUAUUUUCUGUUUGAGAGUAUUUUGUGUUGCUGGGAUCAUUGGGCUCUUUGUUCUUCUUCCAGUGAACUGCUUAGGAAACCAGUUGGAAAAUAUUGACUUUCAAAAUAUCACGAAUGACUCGUUGGAUGUAUUUAGUAUCUCAAAUGUGAACAAUGGCUCGAAUAGGUUAUGGUUCCACUUUGGUGCUGUAUAUGUUCUUACAAUCUUCAUUUGUUACCUGCUUUAUCAUGAGUUUCUCUAUGUAUCUGCAAAGAGGGUUGCUUAUUUCUACAUGUCCAAACCUCAGCCACAUCAGUUCACCAUUUUAGUUCGUAGUAUCCCUGUUUCUCAUGGAAGCAGUGUCAGUGCCAGUUUGGAAAGCUUCUUUAGAGAAUAUCACCCGUCUACCUUUUUGUCGUAUGUGGUGGUUUGUCGAACGAGCAGAAUACGAAAUCUCAUGAAUGAAAUGCAUAAUGUAUACGGAAGGAUUACUCACUUACGAACAGAACGAAAUAGGCAAAAUGUUAAGAAAGGAUGCUUUUGUGGAUUAUUGGAACUCUUGAGGCGAAAUGAUCAUCAUUUACACCAUUAUGAAACGAGGUUGGGAACUUUAGAGGAGCAUUUGAGAUUGGAACGGUUGGAGACUGCAGAGAAAACAGAAGUGAGGGCUGCCUUUGUUUCAUUUAAGUCUCGCUAUGGUGCUGCAACUGCUCUCUCCAUGCAACAAUCGACUAACCCGACAGAAUGGGUAGGGGAGCAGGCACCCGAGCCUCAUGAUGUCUACUGGCCUAAAUUUUCGUUUACUUUCAUGGGAAGAUGGAUUUCUAGGCUGGUUGUCAUAUUCUCAUGCAUCAUUUUCACCAUAUUGUUUCUCAUUCCCGUGGUAAUCGUGCAAGGUCUCACUAACCUUGACCAGAUAGAAGCUUGGUUUCCCUUCCUUGAUGGAAUUCUAUCUGUGAAAGCUGUUUCUGAAAUUGUGACAGGUUAUCUUCCUAGUCUUAUUCUUCUGUUAUUCAUAAAAAUGGUUCCCCCAAUCAUGUGGCUCUUCUCGUCGGUCCAAGGCUACAUAUCUUACAGCCAGAUUAUGAGAAGUGCUAGCGAAAAGGUUGUUUGGUUUACAGUAUGGAAUGUGUUCUUUGCCAAUGUGCUUUCUGGAAGUGCCUUGAACAACAUUUCCAUAUUCUUGGACCCCAAAUCUCUCCCUUAUAAGCUCGGUGUACUUGUUCCUACCCAGGGUUCUUUCUUUAUUGCUUAUGUUGUUACCUCUGGUUGGACAAGUGCUUCAAUAGAACUCCUCCAGUUGUUCCCUCUUAUAAGCAGCCUGAUAAAGAAACAUUGCAGUAGUAAAUUUGAAGUCCCCGAUUUGCGUUAUCAUCGCGACAUCCCGAGGUUUCUUUUGUUGGGACUGUUGGGUAUUACUUAUUUCUUCCUCGCCCCUCUCAUUCUUCCUUUCCUCUUGAUCUACUUCUGCAUGGCCUACAUUGUUUAUCGUAACCAGAUAUUAAAUGUGUAUGCUCCUAGGUUUGAGACUGCAGGGAGAUUUUGGCCAAUUGUUCAUAACUGUAUGAUAUUCUCAUUACUACUUAUGCAUGCAAUUGCUGUGGGGAUAUUUACAGCUAAGAAGCUUCCAGUGGCUGCCAGUUUGGUGUUCCCUCUUCCUGCAGCGACGCUUAUCUUCAACUCCUAUUGUCGGAAACGUUUUCUUCCGAAUUUCCAUGGAUACUCAGCCGAGAGUUUGAUAAAGAAGGACAGAGAAGACAUGAAAGAUCAUUACAGAAUGAAUAACUUCUAUGGAAAGAUGACGACUUCGUAUGAAGACCCAGCGUUCUUGCCAAUGCGUUACUCAACAACUAGCGACACUGGAAGCUCUACUUAUCCUCUCCUAUCUCCUGAGUUCUUCCAUGUCUGAUCCACGGUAUUAACACGGACUUCCUAUUAUUAUAUUUGUGUUUUCCUGUUUUCAGUUAUUGUUUUUGACUGUUUGCAAUAAUUCUGGAGUAAUGAACUUGAACUCAUGCAUAUAUAAUGUUACAGCAAUAUCAAAUACAACCAUGAUUGUGAAAUGAAUGAUUUCAAGCAAGAAUGGUUUUUGUCCCAA